AUGCCUGAAUCACUAUUAGCUGGAGAGAGGUUCCGCAUUGGUUACGCUCUUGCACCCAGAAGUGUAAGUAGCUUCAUCCAAGAUUCUCUCAUCGUUUACGCUGAAAAACGAGGCAUUGAUCUCAUCCCAAUCGAUCUCGAAAAACCAUUGAUCGAACAAGGUCCUUUCGACUCUGUUUUCCACAAGCUCUACGAUGCAGAAUGGAAGAAGCAAUUGGAAGAAUUUUCACUUGAAAACCCCACUGCUAUCAUAGUCGACCCGAUUGAAUCCAUCGAGAAGCUCCACAAUCGAGUCUCCAUGCUCGAUGCAGUUAAGCAAUUGAAAAUUGAAAAUCUAGAAAUUCCCCUGCAGGCUUUCGUUGACUCCAACGAAAGCCUGCAGGAUGAAAUUGCUAAUCAGGGGAUGAAAUUUCCCCUGAUUGCAAAGGCGGUGAUUGCUAAUGCUACAGCUGACGCUCAUCAGAUGUCUCUAGUGUUGAAUGGCGACGGAUUAAACGGAAUUAAAACCCCAAUCGUAUUACAGGAAUUUGUAAACCACGGGGGAGUGAUUUUCAAGGUUUAUGUAGCAGGGGAUCAUGUGAAAUGCGUGAAGAGGAAGUCGUUGGGUGAUAUAACCGAAGAGAAAUUGGGGAAUUCGGAGAAUUUGAUUCCGUUUUCACUGAUUUCUUACUUCGCUGAUAAUGACCAGAGCGAUGAGAGUUUAGCGAAGCUGAUGGAGGCAGCAGUUAUGCCUCCAUCAAGCUUCGUUAACGAAGUUUCAAAGCAGUUACGACGUGCUUUGAAACUUCAUCUUUUCAAUUUUGACAUGAUAAGAGAUAGUAGAGAUGGAAAUCGGUAUCUAAUUAUUGAUAUCAAUUAUUUCCCUGGUUAUGCUAAAGUGCCUGAAUAUGAACAAAUGCUGACUCCCUGUUUUCUUGAUUUAGCUCACCAGAAGCGCAGCAAAGAGACUGCUAAUAUUGACCAUGAGGCAGAUUCGACUGGUCAUAAGACGCAGGAGGCAGACUCUAAUGGUCAUAUAGUGGACAAUUAA